CCGGCCACCACCAUUUACAAAACAUGUAAGAGUUGAAAGGAGAAAGUAAAAAAUAAAUUAAAAAAUCGGAUAAAAAACAAAAAAUCACACAUUAUCUUAAAAGACAGUAGAAUAUAUUUAGCAAGUCCCAUUGUAAAACACGAAGCAUAGUGAAGUUAUUCAAGUAUUAUAGAUUAUCAAAGUGAUAAGAUAUACGGAGUGAAUAAAACUGGAAGAAGCAGACGAUAAUAAGGAAGACGACGGACGAGAUAGAAAAAAAACUGGAAGGAAAUAAACAAUAUAUAGGAGUUUAAAAAUAUGAUACACAUAUAAACACCAGAGGCUGAGGCCAUGCUAGAGCACCGCUUCUCAGUGUAACUGGGUUUCUUUUCUGUACCGUUUCUGGAGAAAUAGCGAGUCGGACGGACUUGCUUGUUGUGCCUCCUACUGUGAUGUGGUAUCUGGUAUCACAGAUAAAAAUUUGUCCAGAUGCUCUUUGAGGACCUUCAUAUUUACACUUCAUAAAUUUCCAAGACAGUUUGGCAGAAUGUUGAAUAGUUGUGAACCCUUGAAAUCCAAGUUGUUGCAGUACUGGGUCCUUAUUCGAGAUAGAGAAGACAAGAUCUUUGGUACUAUGUAGUGCCAUCCAGUUUAGUGAAAAUGAAUACCAAGAAAAAAAACACAAAUAAAAUGCCCAAUUCAAACAGAAUGAUUGGCAUUUCUUCUUUGUUCCGGGAUGAAAACGACCAAUUAAAAAUGAUCUUUGACAAGGAAGAUGGUUCGCAGACAAUCAAAUCUAGCUCAAAAUUUGAAGGCUUGCAGAAUUUAAAAUUCAUGCCUGGAACCAUCAGAUCACCUUCUCGUGAUCUACAAGCAUCAGUAUAUGCUUCUGUCCAUCACUAUGCUGAAUAUUCAAAAUCUGGAAAUAGUGGAGACGCAGACAGGGAUUCCAUCACAAGUGAUGUUUUAUUUGCAGCUUCAGAUAGUUUUGAAAAUUUUGCAAGUAAAAACUUCCAGUUGAAAGAUGCUCAACCUGACUGCUUCUCCAGAGCGCCUCUCUUAAAUUCAUUGCUUCCACCCAAAGAUAAAAAUACACACUUGGCAGCCAUGUCUUCAUGGAUAACCAUUUUAAAAAUAAUGGGUGAUUUUCCAGAGUAUGAUUACACAUCUGUAAAAAGUAUGGAUAGCCGACCAAUACCAUUCAAUUUCAUCAGGGAACACUUUGCCAAGAAGUACUCUAAAAAGGAUAUUGAUGAUGCAAUAAAGAAAUAUGAAGAGCUGGGUGUCAACCCACAAACUGAUUGUACAAGCGUUCCUUUCCUGUUUCCUGGACAGCAAGUCCUUGACCACAUUCAAUUUCUGUGCUGUCUUGGCAUGUUGAAGAAUAGUCUCAGAGAUGAAAUAUUCUGUCAAAUUUUGAAACAAAUGACCCAAAAUCCCUCACAGAACAGUUUAUCUCGUGGAUGGCUGCUACUCUUCCUCAUUGUUGGUAUCUUCCACCCAACCGAAACACUUAUGCCUUCUUUGUUGACAUUUCUUCGAGAAUCUGAAUCUGAAAUUGCAUCAAAAGUUGAGUACAGUCUUCGCCGAUCCCUACGGAAUGGCACACGCUGCUAUCCCACUGGGUGGAGUGAGUUCCAGGCCAUGAAGAACUACAAACCAAUAUUUGUGCCGGUGAUUUUGAUGACAGGAGACCGUCUAUUGGUAAGAGUAGAUUCCUCAACCACUGUGAAGGAACUGUGCCAGUCCAUCGCUAGAAGCCUAGGCCUAAAGGAAACAAUGGGUUUCUCAGUGUUUGCCACUCUUUUUGACAAGAUUUCUUACCUGGGAGACUCUUCCCAUCGUAUCAUGGAUACAAUCUGUGAGUGUGAAUAUUUUGCAAAAGCUGCAUCAGUUAAUGAAAGCAGUGCACCUUGGCGUUUGUAUUUCAGAAAGGAAUAUUUCCCACCUUGGGAGACUCAUGUUACAGAUCCUAUAGCAGUUAAUUUGAUUUAUGCACAAGUAAUGCGAGGUAUUACUGUGGAAGAAUAUACUUUGGAGGAUUCCCGCUUACAAUAUUUUGCAGCUUUGAAGUACUUCAUAAACAAUGAAGAACUCUCAUUAAGCAAAUUGACCAAAAUAGUGGAAAAGCUUUUGCCAAAAAGUAGCAUCAAUAGGAGACCUGUCAGUGAGUGGGUUAACUUGAUUUCAGAAAUAUUCAAAAAAGAUUUUCAACAUAGCAGAAGAACACCACUUUCCUGUAAAACUGAGGUUGUAGACUUUGCUAUGAAACACUUGCACAAAUCAUUCUGUAGACUCUUUGAAAUCAAACAGUUUACAUCUCCACGUCAUAAACUAACCAGAGUCACAGGCGCAAUCCAUCAGAAAGGCCUGACAAUUGUGGAUGCUGAUGAAGAAGAGAAGAUACUUCUCCCAUAUGAAGAAAUGGUCAUUGUGAAGAAGAAAGGUGCCUGGCUACAUAUCUUAGAUGUCAGAGGAGCGAACAACAUGGUGGAAGCACACCAAGUAGAUGAACUGUAUGCAGUACUGAACACUUUCUUGGAAGAACUGAGCCACAACUCGCGAGUGACAGUUGCACUUUGUCAAUGCAAUGUUCCUGAGAAACAGAAUUUCUCAUCCAGCCUUCAUAUUCGGAAUGGAGACCUCAUAGUUUUAGAAGAGCCAUUCAAGCUCUUCAAAGACAGUGAAUAUAUAGUUGGAAAGUGUUUACGAACUGAAAGGGAAGGCGAAUUUUCCAAAGAUAUCAUUCACCCAUUAGCAAUUGCUGGUAUACCAAACGACACUCAUUUGAAUACACUGGCAUCACAAUUGAAAAAUACAGAAUGGUCACAAGAACAUGUUGGAAGAUUCUACAGUUACACUUUAGAUGAAUAUGGCAAAGAACAUUUACAACCAGUUGAACUUAGUAUGACAAAGAUGUUAUCCAGGACAUCAUUAAAAAGAAAUGGAUUCAGUGACAAUUGGAAACACAGUAAGGAACCCAUCAAGCAUCCACUGAGUAAGAGGAUUCAAAUGAGGGCAGAUCUGAAGCACUGUGCCUGCAAGAUCUACCAAGCAAUUCUAAUGUAUAUGGAAGAUAUUAGAAGAAUAGAAGCAAUCUCUGAUAUUGUAUUGGCCACUGACAAGAUAUUUGAAAUUGCAGUACGAAAUAAACAUUUGCGUAAUGAAAUUUACAUUCAACUUAUCAAACAGUUGACUGAAAACGAUGAUGUAACAAGUCGAAAUAAAGGUUGGGUGCUUAUGUGGUUGUUAACUGGAUGUGUAAUACCACAAGGGGAUAUGUAUCAAGAACUUUUGAAAUUCUUGCAAGUCAGUGAAAGCUGUUUGGCUGAACAAUGUUUCAAUCGAAUAAAGAUUCUAAGACUGAGUGGUCCUCGUUUGUAUCCUCCCCACACAUUGGAACAUUUGGCUGUAUCUGCUCACUGUGUAGAUCCUAUCAAGCUUGAAAUCAUAUUAUCAGAUUCUUCAGUUAAGAAAGUGGAAGUUUUUUCACAUACCAUGGUAAUGGACAUAUGUGACAAAAUUAUCAGUAAAUUAGGCUUAAAGUCUAGUUUUGGAUAUGGCUUAUUCCUAAAAACCAAAAAUAGAGUUGUACCACUUGUAGACAAUGAUUAUAUCAUGGACAUUUUGGGGCAUAUGGAAAUAUAUUUUAUGUCCCAACCAUUACAAGUGAAAGACAAAUCAUAUAAAUUUCAAUUCAUGAAAAAACUUUGGUCGUUGGAUGAUGUAAAGGAAGACUUGGUUGCUGAUGAACAGUUCAGCUAUUAUCAGGACCUUCCAAACUAUGUUGCUGGUUUCCAUGACUGUCCACUGGCUACUGCUGUAAAACUGUCUGCCUUCAUUUUCAAAGCAACUCAUGAGAAAACAGAGAUAGAUAAUACAAAUUUCAGGGAAGUCAUAAUACCAGACAAAUUCAUACCACUCAUGACAAAAGAGAACUGGAUGAGGGAAAUCUAUGGUGAACUGCAAAGCAUAAAGACAUAUACUAAAUCAGAAGCAAAGGUUGCAUUUGUGAACAUUACAAAAGGCUUUCGAACUUAUGGUUCAGUAUUUUUUGAAAUUCAGAUGCCUGAAAACCCAAAUUCUUUACAACUUGCUGUCAAUCGAAAUGGGGUUUUAAUCGUGGAUCCAGCAACAAAGCAAGUUUUUCACUCCAUGAAUUUUCAACAAAUAAGAAACUGGAUUCAUGAAUGUGGUAAAUUCAACCUCAUUGUUGAUAACGAGCACACUGGUUCAGAGAGAAUUUUCUUUCAAAUCGAGAGAUUUCAGGGUGAACUCUUGGAUGACCUGAUUAUGGCAAACGUAGAGUUUUCUCUCAAUUCCAAGUUUAAGAAUUUCCAAGUAUUUGCAGGUGCUAAGAGAGGAGAAACAAUUUGCUAACAAUCAUUUACUACAUCAUAUUUUGCAUAUUUUGUAUUCUAUAUCAAACAUCUAAAACCACAAAAAAAGAAAAAAAAAAGAAAAAUCCAUUAAAAGUAUACUACUAAUUAUUGACCGUGCUAUCAAUAUUGCAUAUCCAUAUCUAAAGAACUUCAAUUUGUUCACUGUAUUAGAUCAUAUAUAAUAUUGAAGAUACAACACAUUUUUAAUUCAAAGUUAUGUCUACUUGCUCUCUCUCUCUCUCCCACACACAUACACAUACACACAGACUCACUCACUCACACACACACACUCGCUCACUCAUUCAUACACACACACACAGAGUUUUACACAAAAGGAUUUUCAACUAUUUAUUUUUUCUUUUGCAAUUAAUAUCAUAUGAUUUACCAGUCAAUAAUAAUAUGAUUUGUCAGCCAAAUAGUCCUACAAAUUAUUGCACUGGGUUGAGAUUUUAAUUUUUUAAGGGAAAGAACAUGGAGGGCAUGAAAACCGCUUGCAGCGCAUCUAUCAAAUCUUGCUUUGGGCUUGAAAUCAUCAGCAUGCACUAACACACACACACACACACACCUGACAAAUGAUUGCACAUGUAAAGCAGUUUCGACAUGCAGUUUACAUGACUAUUAGUGUUGUAAAUGAAGAUACAUUAACGACAUCAAAUGUAAAAACAACCAUGACUGUUUAAAUAGCAAAUUUUCUGCUACAAAACAAAUACACAUGUGGCAAUGCAGAGUAGCAAAUUUAUAUAUAAAUGCAAUACAAAUAUACAAAAAUAUAUCUAUGCACUACACUAUUAAUUGGCUGCAAUCAUUAAAUGAGUUGUCAGUCAAUUAGGAAUGGCAAUUUUAAAAUGUUGCUUAAUCAUCUUGUCCUGGGCUUAAAUCUUGGAAACACAUUGCAGUGGUAUUUAUGGUGUCAGAACUUUGCUAGAUCGUAUUGGGAAUAAUUGGUAUUAUUUCAACUAAAUACUUUUAUUAUUAUUAUUAUUUAAAAAGAUCUAUAAGCUAUGUUGCAAACAGUAUACCCGAAAAGCAACAUGCAUUUUGUGUACGGGUCAAAAAGGCUUAGGUCAAGAUACUAUAAACACUAAAGGGAUAUAACUCAUCUACUGCUGUGACAUAUGUGGUACAAGCAGCAAUAACAUAUUUGGUUCUUAUUUAAUUCAAGUGUUGCUGAAUUUAUGAUACUGUGGGAAGUUGUGGAAAUUUUAAAAUUAAAAAAAAAUUUUUUUACAGUAAAUUGAAAGUAUGCAUUGUUUAAUUUUGUUAAUACAAAAUCAUAUGCUAUGAUAGUCUGGUAUUUUCUUCUCAUCAAGGUAUAAAUAAAAGUAUAUUGUAUUCUGGGUUAAUUGAA